GGCUGACACAGAUGUGAGGCUUAUGAACACAAUAGAUAUGUGCACCUACUCUAAAAGGUUGCAGUGCUAUUUCAUCAGCCACAUGCAGUAAGAACGGAAUUAUUAUUUUUUUCUACGCACACUCAUCACCAGUGCGCCCAUUAUUUCUAUCAGAGGAACGCUGUACUUUAACAUGAAGGAAGGGAAUUAUAUACAUUUUUUGUCUUCGUUUUAAAAAGGAGUGUGAUGUAACAAUAGCUUUUUCGUACUUCUAAUCGUAUAAUUGUGAAAUAUAAUUUAUAAACAUCUAUCUAAUUUUUACAGGCAGGGAAAAAUAGGAAUGUGAAAAAAAACUGGUUAGUCACAUGUCUAUACAUUUUUUUUUUAAUAUAUAUUUUUAAGCAGCAUGUUGUGGGAGUGCAUACCUUCAAUGCAUAAAACCAUCAAGAAUGGUGUGAAGUUGUUAGAAAAUUCCAUAAUUAUAAUAGUCCAUAUGUUAAGUUGGUAUGUGAAGAAAGUUUAGAGAAGAGGAAACUUUGAAGUUUUUGUUUAUACAAACUGAAGAAAAAAAGUUCUCCAAAGAAAAAGCUGGUGGCAGGAGUGUAGAGGAGCAGCAUAUGGCAUUAAAAGGAGCACAGCUGGAGGUAGCAUUUCCAUCUGAACAUGAUGUCAGAGCAGCUGACAGCUUGCCAUCCCUCAGCCUUUUAUUCUAACACACAGCCAGGGAGUUAGUGUGUGCAGAGCUGUGUGGGGAAAAGGUAUCUUAUUCCUCUCUAACAUCCUCUCCACUUUGCAUCUGUUUGUCAGGUUUUUUUUUUUUCUUCCGUUUUUUUUAAUUUCUUUCUUGAGCCGAUCUCUACAGCCAUCAUACAGCACUUCUAAGGGGAAAGAGCAUAAUACAGGUCUAUGUAUAAAAAAGGUUAUGAAGACAGUAUGGAUUUUCCAGAACAUAGCAGACAUUUGCUACAGUGCUUGAGCGAGCAAAGAGAUCAAGGAUUUCUGUGCGAUUGCACUGUCCUUGUAGGAGAUGCCCAUUUUCGAGCUCACAGGGCUGUAUUGGCUUCAUGCAGCAUGUAUUUCCACCUCUUUUACAAGGAUCAGCUAGACAAAAGAGACAUUGUUAAUCUGAACAGUGACAUUGUUACAGCUCCAGCCUUUGCUCUGCUGCUUGAAUUCAUGUAUGAAGGAAAACUCCAGUUUAAAGAUCUCCCCGUUGAAGAUGUACUAGCAGCUGCCAGCUUUCUCCACAUGUACGCUAUAGUAAAAGUCUGCAAAAAGAAACUGAAAGAAAAAGCUUCAACAGAGGCAGACAGCACAAAAAAGGAAGAAGAUUAUUCAAGUUGUUCAGAUAAAGUGGAGAGCCUUUCAGAUGGUAGCAGCCAUAUGGCAGGUGAUCUAGUAAGUGAUGAUGAAGACGGUGAAGCUGAAAAAUUGAAUAUUAUGUCUGGUAAAAGUGACUUGACUGUGGAAUCUGAGAGUAUGUGGAUACGAAUGCCCUCGGAUUCAACAAGCAUGACACAGAAUUGUGCAGACACAGAAAUACACACAACAGCUGGAAAAACAGUACCUAGUCCUUGCAGCUCAGCUAGCUCAUUAUCUAUGAGAUCUAACACUUCCUUAAGGAACAUAGCAGAUUCAGACUGUGUCUUGGACCUUUCAGUGAAAUCCAGUGUUUCAGGAACUGAGCCUUUAAGCAGCUCCUACCUUUCUUCACCAGAUACAAUGAGAAGCAGUCUAGUUCAAAUAAAAGUAGAAAAAGAUGUUUCUUGUGAUGAAAAUGAUAUAGAUACCAAUGAGUAUGAUGUAGAGCACAGCACUGUGAAAGGUGUAAACACUGAUUUAAGGACACAGUAUCAGGAGUCAGUUCACCUUGGUCCAGUAAGGGAAGAUGCUGUCUUAAGAGAGUUGGAUCAUGAUCAAAAAGCAAGUGAUGAUGAGAUGAUGACUCCGGAAAAUGAGAGAGUUCCAAUGGAAGGUAACAUGGACAACAGCCUACUUCCUUUUGUUUCAAACAUACUAAGUCCUGGUGGACAAAUCUUCAUGUGUCCACUCUGCAAUAAGGUUUUCCCAAGCCCACAUAUUCUUCAAAUCCAUUUAAGCACACACUUCAGAGAACAAGAUGGCAUUCGUAAUAAGCCCACUAAUGAUGUCCACGUUCCCACUUGUUCCCUGUGUGGUAAAACUUUUUCAUGCAUGUACACACUUAAACGUCAUGAAAGAACUCAUUCUGGAGAAAAGCCUUUCACUUGCACUCAGUGUGGAAAAAGUUUCCAGUACUCCCACAAUUUGAGCCGGCAUGCUGUAGUUCAUACAAGGGAGAAGCCCCAUGCAUGUAAAUGGUGUGAGCGAAGGUUCACACAGUCUGGAGACCUAUAUAGACACAUCAGAAAAUUUCAUUGUGAACUGGUGAACUCUUUAUCUGUUAAAAGUGAAGCAAUAAGUUUGCCAGUGGUAAGAGAUUGGACCUUAGAAGAUAGUUCACAAGAUCUUUGGAAGUAAAUGGAAUGUGCAUGCAUUUGUGCAUACACAUUUUAUAAACCUAUGUAUAUGCUUAUACAUGUAUUCACUUAUGCACUGUCAAAUUAUUACAUGACUGCCUCUCCCUCUGCUAAAAUUAAUUUUCUUCGGAUGUUACUGGUCUUCAAAUAUAAAAUGAGCCAUUUUUUAUAAAUAAUUAUAAUGAUUGUCUUGUUUAUGUAAGUAUCCAAAAUGCUUCUACAAAACUGAAAAACCUUCUUAUCCCCAUAACUGCAGUUAUUAAGUAUCAAAAUUGCACGUUUCAAGAUUUUCAUAUUAUGAAUAUUAAAACUGGCUAAUGUGUUAUGGGAUUUCCUUUAUUUUAUUAUUUGGCAGGAAGACAUUGGACUUUAAUUAAUCUACUGGUUAGGCAUGUAGCACACUGUCAAGAAAUGAUGACCGUGUGAUACAAGUGAUAGGUUUAUCCAUAAAAUACUUUCCUAAAUUAAAUUUAAACUUACCUCUUAAACAUUUAAAAAAAUAAUUAAAAGCUUCACAUAUUUGUAUCCAGUUUGGUAGAAGUUUUAAACUGUUGCAUAAGAGCAGAAGAGCAGUUUUUUUUUUUUUUUACCAGUAAAUGGUAAGGGAUUAACUGCACAUUUUUAUGAGAGGGCCUAGUUUGAUAUAUACAUAUAUAUAUAAAUAAAGAUUGUGAAUCAGAGGUGUUAAACUUCAAAUUUAAAUGUUUAACUUGUAUAACUUGAUGAGGUGAUGUCAUACAAAUGCUGCUUUUAUUUUAUUAUAACAAAUGCAUGGUUAUUUUUUUUCCUUUUGACUAUUGACAUUGCAUAUAUGCAAGAUAAUUAUGUUUUCUUUGAAACAAGCUGUUACAAUUGCAACUUGGUGGUCUUAAAAACACACCAUGAACCGUGUUGUGUGGGUUGUUUUUCAUUUUAUUUAAAUGGUAGUCUCUCCACACUGUAAGUAAUAAGUUGUUGGAUUAUUUUAUCUGACACACCUUGCUUCCAGAAAAAUAUACCUGUUUACACGAAUUUGAAUGUGCAGUGCUUUUUCAAUAGAGAAGAUCUGUGCAUCAAAAUGUAGCAGAACACUGAUUAUGGCACUUUGUAAAACAAAACGAUUCUUUAAUUAUGGUUAAUUUAUCUAAAAAAAAACACCUGAGUGAAGCUCUAGCUGACAUGAUGUAGAGGCAUAGAUUGGUUUAUGUCCAAGUAACUUGGUGCCUGGCCACUCAAUAUAUUUAUUAGCCAGCACUUAAGAUGACAAUAUUCUCCUGCUACACAAAUUAAGUUAUAAAAAUGUGUAUUGGGAAAACCUACUGAUAAAAGAGUAUUUAUUUAUUCUUAAGACUGAUUUGUCUAUUUAUUUAUUUAUUUAUUUAAAAGAACUCUCCAGUAUUGUAUAGCAGUUAAUAUAAGGGGCAUUUUCCAAAAUGGGAGGUGUAUGCUGUAUUUCGUUGUAUUUCUUAAAAAUCAAAAACAUUCUGAAAUUAAAUAUGAAAGAUGUGAAUUUAAUGUAUCAUCGCUUAGAUACUUUUGUAGUAACAAUUUAAUAAAAUUACAUUUGUUUAGAAAAGACAAUCAAUGAAUAGGCAGAUUUUGUUUUGACCUAGCAUAAUUUUAAAGCUUGCUCUGUGUUGAAUACUAAAUUUAAGAAUGACUGCUGUCUAGCUUUGACAAUCAUUGUGUGAUUUAUUUUCCAGGAAAUGGGAGGGUAAUUUAUUAUGCUGUUUUAAAUUUUGUACUUUGUGUAUGUUCAGUAAAUUUUUUUAAUUUGUGUGCAAACUUCAAUAAAUUAUAUAAAAUUACAAAA